CGGAUAAUAAUUUUGCCGUCAGAAGGCGUUAAUGCUGUUGCCAACAAGGUACGGGUAGGUACGGAGCCAGACGGUAAUCGUUUCUUGUGUAUUAUGACGUUAAGGACAACGAGCAACAUUAUAAAAUAUGGGAGAUAAAGAACAUCAUGUACACUUCAGUGGGGCAAGCGGUCUUGGAAAGGACAACAACAUUAUGAUACAACCGCAACGACAUGGACAUAUAGAUGUUCAUCUUGGAUUCUUACAGCUUCAUCACAGGUACCACGUGGAGUUUUCUCUACCAUGGAAUAUGUGUGUUCACGGUGAACUUCUUGCACCCGCUGUAGUUGUCUGUAACCAUCACAAUCCAGACUGUCACAUUAUCGACCUAAUGCAAGAGAAGGAUGGCCUUAAAUUAAAAAUUGAACUACUGGCGUACAAGGAACGAAUCUUGAAAGAAGAAGUUCAAGUCAUGUGUUGCAAAUCUGGUGCACCAUUAAAAAUACUCUUGAACGCACGAGUAUUAGGUAAGGAUAAAGGGACACCUUUGUUAAGGAAUGGUAUACGCAGUGUUGCUGUAGAGGGAAUCGAUAAAGAUGAAAUAUCUGAAUAAA